AUGGUUAAAACAUUGUAAUGAAAUUCACACUUUCUUUGUUGCUUUAUUAUGUCUGACGAGCCUCCAAUAGUAAAACAAAAAUAAACUACCGGCUAGUUUUCGAAAAGAAGAUACUUUCACUUCUAGGAGUGGAGCAGAAGAAAGGCGCGUUGGAGUAAAAUUAAUAUCAGUUGGGGAUAAUGACAUUGAUGUGGAAUGAGUUUUGGUUAGUGAUUCUCAUAGCAAUCGCUGUGUUCCGAAAUGUACCUACAUCGUCAGCAAAUUGCAUCAGACCAGAGGUGAAUGACCCAGACAUUGAUCUCAUUGUCGACCUACCCAUGUAUGAAGAUGCUGCAGUGGUCAUACUAUUCUGUGACACCAGUAAGGAUUACGUUGGAUAUGGACCUGUCGUUGUAUACUGUGAUGGUGGUUCUUGGAAACCAGAUCCUUCCCAAAGAGAAUGUAAAGCUCCGUGCGAUGCGCCGGAAGUGCCUUCUGGCGUAAUCCAUUAUGAUGAUGAUACAGCAGGCAAGACAAAGGAAGUAUAUCCUCAUGAUACAGCUAUCCAGUUUGAUUGCCAAGACGCAGAAGGAACUAGUCUUUAUCAUCCAGAAGGACUUGAGAAAAGUAUCUGCAUGGAUGGCAGCUGGGACUUUGAACAACCGCCAAUAUGUGCAGAGAGUUGCGCUGCUCCACCAAAUGCGUUACCAUCUGGGAAAUUUCGGCAUUUGUCUAAGAUGCCGUUUGUGUGUGAGUCAGGCUUUAAGACGAUUGGAACUACUGCCUUAGAAUGCGUCCAGGGUCAGUGGAGUAGUGAACUAUCUUGCGAAGCGAUUCCGUCAGAUGAGCCAACCGAAACGCCAAUGACUGAACCACCAAAUCCACCCCUUGAGACUACGAUACACCCUGCUACAACAACAGCCCAACCUAUAAUCUGUGAUUUCCCGGAUACUUCUAAGCUGGAUCCUGAUGCUAUAGUCACUCCCAUGCAAGGUGGUUACUAUCUGUUUAGUAUUAUUGAGCUAGAAUGUGGAGGUACCGCUCUGACUACCAGUGAUGGACCUAAUAGGUUUGCUUGCUAUCAUCGUGGAGUGUGGUUGCCAUCGCUGAAAGAUUUCAAAUGCUAUAGACCAUGUAAUGCUCCAAUUAGCAGUGUCAACGUGGACUACAUUGUCACGGAAGGCCAGACUUUAGACGAUCUUUAUAGCCAUAAUUCCGUCAUUGAAUUUAGCUGUGAUUUAGAGAUGCAGCUCCUCUAUGGCCCCUCAUUGGCAUCAUGUUAUGACGGCGAGUGGAAUCCUCAACGGGUACCAACAUGUGAAGACGUGAAUCCAUUUGAACUAAGAUUUCGAAUCACCCAUAUUGACGAGUCUACGGUAAUCUACAGUCCUGACUACGCCGAUAGGGAGUCACAGACCUUUGUUGAGAUGGAAACAGAGUUGGUUUACGCGAUAGGGAGUAUUUUCGAAAUGUUGGACGGUUACCUGCUUUCAAAGAUAGUGUCACUCUCACAACCGGAUACACAUGGAAUAGACGUCUCCGCGGUCGUGUUCGUACUAAAAACGUCAGCCUCUACUACUCUCGACAGUGUCAGGGCCGAGAGUGACCGCAUCUUAGGUCAGAAUCCGAAUAUCAAUGGGCUAUCUCUCCGGUUCACCCUUGAUGCUGAAUCACUUCUGGUUUCAGAGCCAUGUGAUGUUCCUGAUCUUCAUGAGGCUAUCGACUUUGAUUCUUCAAACGAGCCUCUUGAAAAUGCCUGGUACCCGGACAGUACCGUCUUCACUCUAUCAUGCAGAGAGGAAGGCUAUGUGAUUGAUGGACCCACUGAGCUCAUAUGCAAUCAAGGUGAUUUGCUACCGGAGGGGGAGCCUAUCUGUUUAGAAAAGCAAACUACACCCACAGCUGGGACUACUGAAAAUUUGCUUACGACGAUAUCGACAAAUACUGCUGCUGACACGACAUAUAUGAUUGGGACAACAUUAAUAGAUGAGAUGACUGAUCGCACAUCAACGGAACAAACAACAUCACCAGAUAAAACUGCUGAGACCACACAGAUUAAGCAGAUGACUACAGAUUCAAUAACUGAUACGACCGAAAUGGUACUGACAACAUUAACAGAUAAUACAAGGGAUAUUACAACAAAUACAUUUGUUACAUCACAUAUUACAAUUGAUACAGAAGGUACACUUACAUCAUCAACAGAUAAAGCGACUCGAGCAACACAGUUAACACAGAUGGAAACAGAUGAUUUGGCUGAUGGUACAGAAAGAACACAGACGAAAUCAACAGACAUAGAAGAUGUGACCACAGAAAUGACACGGAGAACAACAGAUUUACCAACUUAUGAUACCAUGGAAACCACACAGACGAUGCCAACAAAUAUGGUAUCUGAUACUACAAAAAAUAUACAAAUGACAACAAUAAAUGAAAUGGCCUAUUCUAAAGAUAUGUCACAGACGGUAUCAUUAGACACAUUAACUGAUACUACAAAGAAAAUAGAGACACCAUCAACAGAAGAAAGAGCUCAUACCACAGAAAUCGAACAGACGAGAUCAACUGUUCAGGACGGACAUACUACAGAGAUAGCACAGUCCACACCGGCCGACGAAAUAGCUGGUAGCACAGAAAUGACACGGUCAACAAUAAUUAACACGAUAUCUGAUAAAACAGAAAUGACACCGAUGGCAUCAACGGAUGUCGAAACUGAUACUACGAAAAUGGCACAUACGAUACUAACCUUUACGAAAGAUGAUACCACGGUUGAAUCACAAACGACAUCAACAGACGAAAUACCUGAUACUACAGAAAUGACACAGACAACAUUGACAGUCAGGAUUUCUGAUACCACGAAAACAAUAAUACAAACGACAUCAACAGAUGACAGAGCUUAUACCGCAGAAAUGACCGAGGCGACAGUAUCCGUUACGGAAGGUGAAACUACAGAAAUGAAACAGACAACCACAACCGAUGAAAUAGCUGCUUGCACAGAAAUGACACAGACAACAUCAAAAGACACGAUAUAUGAUACAACAAGAGUGAUACAGAUGACAUCAACAGAUGACAGAGCUCUUGCCACAGACAUAACAAAGGCGAUGUUAACCAUUACGGAAGGUGUUACUACACAAACAGCACAGAGCAGACCAACAGAAGAAAAAGCUGAUCCCACAGAAAUGACGCAGACAACAUUGGUAGACAAGGUAUCUGAUACCACAAAAAUAACACCGAUGACAGCACCUGAAGAAGCAAAUUAUAAUCCAGGGGUGACAGACAAUAUGACAACAAACAAGAUAAAUGAUCACACAAACAUGGAACAUGUAACAUCAGGAAGUCAAAUGGUUGAUACCACAGAAGUGCUAAAGACGACAUUAAUGGACAGGAUAGCAGAGAGCACAGGCAUUACACAGAUAACAUCAAUAUACCAAACAACCGAUACCAUAGAAAUAACAGAGAAUAUCUCAUCAGAUACAGAAUCGGAUACUACAGAUGUAACACACAUGAUCUCAACAGACAUGAUAGGCGAUACUACACAAAUAACACAGACAACAUAUUGGAGUGAAAUGCCGAUCGAUCCAUCUUUGUCACCCACAGGCUUCAGUUCUACGACUUAUUUCGACGUUUCCCCGCAACAGAGGCCGACUUCACAAGAAGCUUCUCAUUUGCCUACGCAACCACAUGACACAGCUAUAAUUACAACUUCCCAUCCAUCAGAUGCCACUACUUCUGCUGUCUCAUCUACUUCUUCAGAAGAUGCUGUGUCAUAUAAUACGGAAGGAUAUGACAAGACCGAGGAUUUUUCAUCAACAUUUCAUGCAACAAAGGCAACGGAAAUGACAUCGUCUGCAUUGAUUUCAAGUGGUAGUGUAUUGACCAGUGUUGGAACAUUUCCAACACCCACGUAUUCAGUAAACAGCAAAACAAUGGAUCUGAAACCAACCGAUGUAAAUCCUACAAAUGGAAAUUCAAGAUCAGGCAGUACAAUUUCCAUCACAUCAGAAUAUAUAGACGUGCCAUCAAGACCUUCCGAUGUCAGCGAGCCUGAACAGUCUGUGACUGCCACCCUCAUCACUUCAGAUACAACCUCUGAUGGGCAAUACCUAAUGAGUACUAUUGCACAGCAUGUGCCAUCUUUCUCUACAUCAGAAGGCACUGGAGCUACACAGGGGAUAUACACACUUGUUGAUGUAACUAUAACCAGCACGGAUGAAGGGAUCACGACAUAUGGCAUUGAACAAACUGUACGAGAUUUAACUACAUUGCCUGGAUCCGAGUCAACACCAAGUCAAUCCACAGUCGCGGGGACCGUUUGGGAAACUGAUCCACAAACUACCUCUGAUUCGAUCAUUGACGAUCAACUUACUACCCAACAGACACCAGUUUGGAAAACCUCUCCAACACUUACAAAUUACGAUAUAGGUGUUAUCUCAACCUCUACCUACAUGGUUACUGAUUUCGAUGAAACUACCGAAAAUAAAGAAUCGAUAAUCACAACUAGGAGAGAUUUUGGUGCAGACGAAACGACAGCGACGAAUCUGCUUAGUACAGAAUACUCAUCCCUACCGUUUACUAUCGGUUAUCAUACGGAUGAAGUCUUUCAAACCGAUUCAGCCAGGACGGUAACACAGAACCAGGCAACUGUUGAAACCGAAGAUAUGACGUCCACUAUAAAAAUGAGUGAUAAUACUGCCACAACUGUUCAAGAUAGUUUUACUUCAGACGAAUAUUCAACAUCAGAAUUAGCCAUUUUGUCAAGGACAGCAUCAACAGAGGGGGCUGUUUUUGAAACUGAAACAUUUGCGAGCAGGUCUCCUGAAAAACUUGGGACCAGUCAAAUCAGUGAUAAAAAAACAGGUAGUGAUUUUCCAUUUUCGAGUACCGCAACUCCAAUAAACAUUAUAACAGAUGAAACGACAACCUUAAAGACAAUAACUUCAACAGAAUACAGUUCUGGUGCAAUAUCCUCUGGGGCAGUUUCCACGCUUAAUCCUCUCACAGAUAAAUCAACGACUAAACUACAAGACGUAACUACCUGGAAGAGCACUGAAGGGGUAUUGCAAACAGAAGAUGAUUUUUCCUCACAGGCCUUGACCAUAAAAGAUGAAAGUACGACAGAUUCAUCAACAUCUAAACCAAGAAAUUAUCUUACGACACUCAUGAUAACACCAACUGCAGACGAUAUGCAUCCAACGACUAGAAAGGUAAUUCCAGAAGAAUACGUGACGUCAGAUAUGACUUUCUCAACAACAUCGAAACCAUCAAGCACCGACCAGUCGUUUUCAUAUUUUGGCACCACCGAGGCAGAGCAGACGGUAGGUGAAUACACUACAACAGGAUACUCAGCCCUUAUAACUUCCCCUACAUAUGCUUCAACAAUGGAAACUACAACAGGGCAUACCACGUCAGAGUCUUCCCCUAUGACAUCAAAUACUGACUUCCCACCUGUUUCAACACUAACCUACGCAGAGGCGAUAUACACAACGCCUAUCACCAGUGGCGCCGUGAAAUCUACGACGUUUCAGGAAACUCGUGGUUUCUUAACAGAUGAUCUUUCCAGUGCUUAUACCGAAUCAUUGGAAACACCUUCUGAUAUACAUGUGACAGAAAAUGCUUUUACAGAAACUAAAAAUCAAGGAAUGGUGACUGACGAGUCUACCACCUACUCGGAAGGAGCGUCGCUUGAGAUUACGAGUAUAUCAGUUCACACAACCCAAACCGAAGAUGCUCAUGCGUCAACAACCACAACUGAAGCAACGGAACAGAAUCCUACCACUCACACUCGUACCAAGGAGCCUUGUGAGAGCUGUAAUCAAGAAACGGAGACCUGCGUAGAAGGACGAUGUGAAUGCCGACCUAGUACCUACCGAACGCACGUCAACAAUCAAUGUUCAGGUACAAGAUCAUUCACCUUUACGUUCAGAAUAUUUUUAAUCGAUAAUGAUCAAGCCCUUUACACCAACGACCUUCGCGAUAAAGAGAGUUCAGCCUAUCAACUUCUUCAAACAGAUCUUGUCAAGUCGAUAAAUUCUGUGUUUGAGGGGAUGACGAGCUUUCUUGGAUCAGAAGUAUUCUCUUUCCAGUCUGGAAGCAUUAUCACUAUAUCUGUGGUUUACUUUGAACAAAGCUCGCCCGUCACCAAUGAUAGUCUGUCAAAUCAUAUUAAUAAUGUCACGGAAUCCAAUAGAUUCAUAAUCAACAAUAACUCCUCAUAUACGCUAGACGCAAGUUCCAUCGUUGUUGAACCAACGAACGAAUGCUCAUUAGGAAUAGAUGAUUGUUCUCCGUUUGCGACAUGUUCUGAUCUGGACGAGGGUGGCUUUAACUGCACAUGUAUCGAAGGGUAUAGUUCAACGUCUAUCACACCUGGUUUGCUGUGUACGAUAGAAAUUAUAACGGCUACAACUCCAACGACUAGCGAAGAGGCGAAUAGAAACACUCCAACUAUAGCAACAUGGAUUUUAAUAGCUGUUUCGGCGGUUGGUGGCGCUAUCAUUAUUAUUCUGCUAGUGUCACUUUUCUGUGUAAUCAGGAAAACAAGCAGAAGAAAGAUAACACACCCAGAAGAUACGAUAGUUGUACCAAAAGAUAACAAGGAAAAGUUGGAGGCAUAUCGCGGCUACUACACGUCUUUUAACGAAUCAAUUGACGAGUCAACAGCAGACUCUGUCGAGGAUACAGCAUUAUGAUCACAAUGGCAUCUGAAUCAUCAGUUCACAGUCGAGCAGACUAAGAGAUGGAGCGAACUGCAUGUAGUCUUUAAUUCACAGUGCCAUUAAUACCUAGUCUUUUUAUUUAAAUUUAACUGGUUUAUUAAAAACAGCAUCGAACAGGCAGCUUGCAGGCUGAAAAUGUUAAAUUUAUUAACAAAUAUAAACAAAAAAUGUAAGUUCUCUGACAACUUUACAAGUACAGAAGAGCUAAGCACUUGUUUACCUGUUUGUUAACAGGUAAUUUUUGAGUAGUGAAACAAUGUGAUAUCGUUCUAAUGGGCCUCAAUUACAAGAUUACACUGCUCAGAGUGUUGCAUUAUGGGUUGGAAAACUUGCCAGACUUGAGAUGGCGACUGGCUCGUAUCUGAUUUAAUUACUAUCCUGACGGUAUGGAAAUGAUGAAGUGAAAUAUAUUGUUUUAUUGUUAAUGGAAUAGAUUGUAUCGUAACAUUGUGUGAUAUGAAAAUAUAAUGUCUUCUCAUAUUUUCAACCGCAAUGACUCGAUACUGUUGUUUAUAUUUAAAAACAAUGCAAAAUUUAGUUUAUAUAAAACGAAACGUGUACAGCAGCUACUAUUUUUAAAUGUAUUUCCCCCUCCAGAACUCUCAUAAAUGUAAACUAAAAUUUUAUGACAGUGGUGUUCUUCUGCCAAAGGACAUGACAACAACAUGAUUUGCGGGCCAUGGACCUACUAAGUUGCAGUAGGUCAAUGAAUUAGUCAAGGCAAGCCAAGGCGGCUUUAUCAAUUUUUUAAACAGCCAAUAUGAUUUGAAGAAUACAAUGACAGAAAAAAAUAAAAACGUUUAAAUGUAGAGGCAUUUUUCCCAAUAUUUCUUAUUGGGAUCAUAUACGUUAUAUUUUUAUACUAUAUGACCAUCAUUUGCUAUUAUCUUAUAUGUAAUUGGUUACUCAUUAUGACUUUUGAAUUAAGUUUUAAUGUUCUUCAAGCCAAAAGUGUUUCAAUAGAGUGCAAUAUUCCUUGUCCGCUGCGAAUGUAUGUUUUGACUACUAUACAUUUCCUUAGAUUUGAAAAAAAAAUAAUGAUAACUACUUAAACGCUAUAUUUUUUUUCAAAGUUGUUCCUUUGUGUAUAAUCCUUGAUUAUGUAAGCUACUCAUCUGUGUACAGACAAAGAAAUACGAUAUAUCUUUUUAAUAAGCAGAAGUCCUCUGAAAAUUUUGAGAGCAACAUUUUGCUUUUUAAGUUUUUAAAAUUGAUUUGAUAAAUGAAUAAACAAAUUAAAAACAUCGCUUAUCAUUUCUGUGUAUUUUGAAAAGAAUAAUGAUCAUACAAAAGAUAUAAUGAAGUACAGUUUGCAUGUUGCUUUUAAUGAUUUAAUGUUUAGAGGAGAUAAUUCGGCGUACCCACAUUAUAUUGUAAAGAGUAAAGUGCAAACGAUAAAUUAUUGACCAUGUUGACACUCAUGUGUCCAUAUUUCUUGAGUUGACAGAAAAGGUGGCAGAUAUAAAAUUGAUGAAAUAUAAUUUAGAAUAAAGUUUCAACUUAAUGAUGUACAUAUAUAUUUAUUUAACUGCAUUGCCGCACUGCAAAAACUCCGGUGUUGAUUUAACACCAGCCCUGAAUCUAUAUAUGUCCACACCAGAGAAGUGUUAAACAAAACCAGUUUCGUUUUGGUCUAACACCAGAUAGGUGUUUAUACAACAGCAGUUAGUAUUAAGACAGCAUCGGUUUGAUUCCAAACUGGUGUUGUUUCAAUACUUCUCUGGUGUGGACAUAUGUAGAUUCCGGGCUGGCGUUAAAUCAACACCGGAGUUUUUGCAGUGCGUCAUUCUUGUCAAAUGUAUUCCGUUUGUCAGAUUAUUAAAAUCAUAUAUCAUUUGUUUU